AGCGGAAUUUCUCUCAUAUUUAGAAGAAGGGACGGCAGUGAAACAGACACAUCAGUCUGUCCUCAGAGGUACGAUGAUGAACUGCUGCGGUCUGCUAACUCUGAAGAAGGAACCAGUUCCUCUGAAGAGCAUUGAGGUGGAGCUGGAGGUGAGGGACCAUGUGGCUACAGUGGUCUCCACUCUGAACUACGAGAACAAGGAGGACAAACCAUUAGAGGCUGUUUUUGUCUUCCCUCUGCCUGGAGAUGCUGCUGUCUGUCAUUUCAGUGCUAAGAUUGGACAGACACAGAUUGUAGCUGAGGUGAAGGAGAAACAGGAGGCUCGUGAGGAGUAUGAUGAUGCUCUGAGCAGCGGUCAGCAGGCCUUCCUAUUGGAGGAGAGUGAGCAGAGUCCAGAUAUAUUCUCUCUGAGUGUGGGCAGUCUGCCUCCAGGAGAGAGCGCCUCCAUCAGGUUGGAGUACGUCACUGAGCUGGCUGUGCAGGCUGAUGAUGGGCUGAGGUUCUGUCUGCCUGCUGUGCUCAACCCUCGAUACCAACCUCAGGGUAGUGAAGCUGCAGGUGUCCAGGUGACUUCUGUUCCAGCCUCUCUGGUGCCCUACAGUCUGUCUUUCUCUGCCCGAGUGUCCUCUCCUCGUCCAGUCUCUAAAGUAGAGUCCAACUGCUCCCUGGACCCUCUCCAGUACCUCAUCACUGAUCAAACCCAGGCCACGGUCAAGUUGGCUGCAGGACACAAGUUUGACAGAGAUGUUGAACUGCUGAUUUAUUACAAAGACGCCCACCAGCCCACUGCUGUGGUGGAGGCAGGACAGGCCUCUGCUGAGGCAGGCAUUCUGAUGGGUGAUCCAGUGGUGAUGGUGAGUCUGUACCCUGAGUUCCCCCAGUCUGUGAUGUCUUCAUUGGCUUCAUGUGGAGAGUUUGUGUUCCUAAUGGAUCGAUCUGGAAGUAUGAGUAAUACUCGCAUCCGCAGUGCCAGGGAUACUCUGCUGCUCCUGUUGAAGAGUUUACCAAUGGGCUGCUAUUUCAACAUUUACAGUUUUGGGUCCAGAUAUGAACACAUCUUCCCUAAGAGUGUGGAGUACAGCCAGAAGACCAUGAAGAAGGCUCUGAAGAAAGUUGAGCAGAUGGAGGCUAAUCUGGGAGGAACGGAGAUCCUGCAGCCCGUCAAACAUAUUUACAGCCAGCCCUGCAUUCCCAAUCAGCCUAGACAGCUGUUUGUCUUUACUGAUGGAGAGGUGGGGAACACCAAAGAAGUGAUAGAUCUGGUGAAGAAGAAUUCAGGUUCUCACAGGUGUUUUUCUUUUGGGAUUGGGGAAGGGGCCAGCUCUGCUCUCAUCAAUGGGAUUGCCAAGGAAGGAGGAGGUCACGCUCAGUUCAUCACAGGGACUGACAGGAUGCAACCAAAAGUGAUGCAGUCGCUGCAAUUUGCUCUGCAGCCGACUGUGGUCGACAUCUCAGUCACAUGGGAUUUACCAAAGGAAGUGUCUAUCACUGUCCUCUCUCCACCAAUCACAGCACUUUUCCAGGGUCAGAGGUCACUGAUUUAUGCCCAGCUCAGUGGACAGAGCUCAGAGGCAGCAGAGGGCUGUGUGACAGUGAAGUACAGCCUGGCAGGUCAUCCCUCUGAGAACCAGCUGCACUUCAGUCUCAGACCUGCAGCAGACACUGGAUUAACGGUCCACAGGUUGUGUGCUCAGACUCUGAUUCGCUCCCUGGAGAUGGAGGAGAGAGAGCACAGAGGACAGCAGGAUGGAGGAGUGAAGGAGAAGGUGGUGAAGCUCAGUGUCCAAUCAGGAGUGAGCAGUUCUUUCACCGCCUUCAUUGCCGUCAACAAAGACAGCAAUGAAGUGAUUCAAGGACCUCUUGUGCGCAGAAAUAUUCCAACACCCUUUGGUAGUUCCAUGUCAAAAGGUGUUAACAGAUGCAAGAUAGGUGGAGCCAGGACACUGAUUCAGUCCUUGCCCAUGUUCAGCCUAUUCAAGCUAAAGCGUGCUCCCAGGCCCAUGGAAUAUGUAGAAUAUCAGAGUUUGGCAAGACCAGAUGUAGAAGAUAUGAAAGCUGCUGUGCCCGAUCAGCCUCCCAGAGACCCUUUGCUGCAGUUAGUCUCCCUCCAGGAGGCGUCUGGCUGCUGGCUGCUUGAUCCAGCUCUGGCUGCUGCACUGGGAAAGAGCAGCAAGGAGGUGGAAAAGUCAAAGCCUGCAAAGGCCAACAGUGAAGUGUGGGCCACCAUUCUGGCUCUGAUCUGGCUUCAUGGUUUAAAGAUGGAUGCAAAGGACGAAUGGGAGCUUCUGGCUAUGAAGGCUACAUCAUGGCUCCGUGCUCAGAAUGCACCAUGUGUGACAGAGUGUGUGGAAGCUGGAAAUGUCCUGUUGGGCUGCAGCGUGAAGAAAGAAGCUCUGAGGCUCUGAGGGAUUUCUUCACGUGGCUUCACCUUCAGAACUGAUGAACAGAAGCAGAUCUACUCUCACCAUACUGCCUUUGAUUCAGUGCUCUUUCAUAUUAUCUGCCCCUUUAUAGUUAUGUGUAGCCCGUCUACCAUAUAAGUAAAUAACGAUGUUAUUUACAGAGGGAUAGAUAGAUAGAGAGAGAUAGAGAGAGAUAGAGAGAGAGAGAGAGAGAUAGAUAGAGAGAUAGAUAGAGAGA